UGCUUGCUCCAAAAUGACUCUCGCCCGAAGAUCCUUUUCUCUUUCGAGUGUCUAUUCUUUAGGGUUUCGCUUUCAUCGAUCGUUCUCUCUCGUUUCAGGAUUCUAGGGUUUUCGCACCUAAGAUCCAAACACCAAUAUUUAUCUUCAGAGAGAAAGAGAUGGUUCUUUCGCAGAAGCUCCACGAAGCCUUCAAAGGAACCGUGGAGAGAAUCACAGGCCCUCGAACAGUGUCCGCUUUUAAAGAGAAGGGCGUUCUCAGUGUCAGCGAGUUUAUCACCGCCGGUGAUAACCUUGUGUCCAAAUGCCCUACCUGGUCAUGGGAGUCAGGUGAGCCAAGCAAGAGGAAGCCAUAUUUGCCACCUGAAAAGCAAUACCUCAUAACUAGAAAUGUUCCUUGUUUGCGGAGAGCAGCAUCUGUUGAAGAAGAGUAUGAAGCUGCAGGAGGGGAAGUACUUCUUGAUAAUGAAGAUAAUGAUGGCUGGUUGGCAACCCAUGGGAAGCCAAAGGAGGGUAAAAAUGCGGAGGAUGAAAACUUGCCCUCUAUGGAAAAUUUAGAAAUCAGCAAGAACAGAGCUGUAAAGUUGACUCCCUCAUAUUUUGGCGGGGACGAUGAUGAAGAUAUUCCUGACAUGGCUGAUUAUGAAGAUCCUGAUAAUGUUAUUGAAAGUGACGCUGCAACCUUGCAGCCUACAUAUCUUGUUGCUCAUGAACCUGACGACGAUAAUAUUUUACGUACCCGAACCUAUGAUGUCAGCAUCACGUAUGAUAAAUAUUAUCAAACUCCUCGAGUGUGGCUUACUGGUUAUGAUGAGUCAAGGAUGCUUCUACAACCAGAGCUUGUACUUGAAGAUGUUAGUCAAGACCAUGCUCGCAAAACUGUAACCAUUGAGGACCAUCCUCACUUGCCGGGGAAGCAUGCAUCUGUUCAUCCAUGUCGACAUGGGGCGGUGAUGAAAAAAAUCAUUGAUGUGCUCAUGUCACGUGGUGUAGAACCAGAAGUUGACAAGUACCUUUUCUUAUUCUUGAAAUUUGUUGCAUCUGUUAUUCCAACUAUUGAGUAUGACUACACCAUGGACUUUGAUCUUGGCAGCUCCAGCAACUGAGCCAAGGAAAUCUCAAGGACUCAGUUUGGUGGUCUGAUGCUAUGCCCCAAGCCCAACCCAAGUAAUACGAACUGUGCAUAUCUUUACUUGUCCUGCUCCAGAAGUGUACAUGGGACUCCCCGUCAACUGAUUCAAACGGAAUAAUCACCUCUCCGGCAUGGCCCCGUUCUAAAAAAUAGUGUGGAUAAUAUUAUUUGUAAAUUUAUGAAAUGUGUUAAAAGUUUUAUUUUCAUUUAGGUUGUAACAUAAUCUGCUUAGCCUUUUCAACUGUCAUUAUGUUUUCUAUUUGUAUAGAUGUUUAAGUAAAGGGUACAUAUCAACUAUAGUCUUCAACUUUUCACCAAAAUAUUACUCUGAUCCAAGACUCUUUUAAGUUAAAUGGAACAUGACUAGUCGUGUUAUUUAGUA